AUGUGGUUGUUAUUAUUCUUUGUGUACCUUGGCCUCGGCCUCGCUCACGCCCGCGCCACUGUCUACCUCAUCCGACACGGCGAGAAACCGGCCGAUCCGGCAGACCAUGGCCUCACCCUAGACGGCAUGCAGCGCGCGCAGUGUCUGCGUCAUGUCUUUGCCCCCGAGUCCAGCUAUGAGAUUGGACAUAUCAUGGCGCCGAGGGUGAAAUGGAAUGGCGCGCACAGACGUCCCUAUGACACCGUCCUCCCGCUUGCACUCGAUCUCGGUCUUGAUAUCGACACGUCCUGUUCCCGGAACGAUGUCGAGUGUGUCGCGGAGACGGUUCUGUCCUAUGAGGGCCCCGGAAAUAUCUUGAUUUCCUGGCGUCAUAAACGAAUGCGUGAGAUUGAGAUGUUGUUGGGUGUUCUAGAGCCACCGGAGUAUCCGUCAAAUCGAUUCGACCUUAUCUGGACGACUCCUUAUCCCUAUGAAAAUAUCACGGAUAUUCGGAGUGAGGAGUGUCCUGGGUUGGAUUCGGCGGCAGGACUUGUGGAACGGCUGCGAAGCCACGCACAGGCCUUCGACGGCCUGCUGUCUUUGAUCCCCGCCAAAUACUACUACGGCGAGGAAAAUAAUGAUCAAUGGAAGCGCAAGAAGCAGACCAAGGAGCAAGCCCGCGAAGCCAAGCGUGCAAAACUCGACCCCGAGUCCGCCAAAACGGCCAAAGAUGUCAUGGACGAGAACGCACGCAAGCGCAAGCGAGAGGCUGGUGCAAGGGACUCUGAUUCCUCGGACGGAGAGCUUGGCUCGGAAGCGCCCAAGGAAGGAUUGAACCGUGGCAACGCAAAACCCAAGAAGCAGAAGCAGGCGGAAGAUCCUGCGGCGGCGGCUAAGUCAGCGGCAGAUGCACAGGCCAGGAAAAAGGAGAGGGAGGAGAAAAAGGCUCAGAAAAAGGCUACUCAGAAGGAAAAGAAGAAGGCUAAGGAGUCGGCCAAGAAGGAGAAGCAAAAUCAGCAGGCUGAAAAGCCUGCACCCGCUGAACCAGAGGAAGCCUCCGAGGCUGAAGAUGGCGAUGAAGACGGUGAAGAUAUCGCUGCCGAGGAGGGAUUCUCUUUCCAAAUGGACCAGCCCUCAUCUGCCUCCUCUACGCCCAACUCCCCCGAUGCCUCCAACCCCCAAUCCGGCAGCUCGUCCAUCUCAUCCAUUGUUCCCCCCACCAACUCCGAGUCAAAACCUCUCAAACCAACCCCCGAAGAGCUGAAGCAGCGUCUCCAAAAGCGCCUGGACGAACUGCGAGCCAAGAGACACGCUGACGGAUUGAACGGCAAGCCAGCCCGCAACCGCCAAGAGCUCAUCGAGGCUCGGCGACAGAAAGCUGAACAGCGCAAAAUGCACAAGAAGGAGCUGCGGCAAAAGGCCAAGGAGGAGGAACAGCUCAAAAAUGAUGAAGCCAUGGCACGGAGAUUUUCGCCCGGCGGUUCGGGGUCGCUCCUUGCUUCUCCUCGGUCGCCCGCUGAUUCCGUGGGGUCCGCGUCCAACAAUUUCUCCUUUGGGCGCGUUGUUUUCACAGAUGGCCAGCUUGUCGACUCGUCAUUGUCGGGCGUGAGCGACAAGCCCACCCAGCGCGGUGCCAAGGACGCAGCCGGGCAACUCAAGGUCGCCGAAGCGAAGAAGGCCCGUCUGGCCGAGAUGGACCCGGAGAAGCGCGCUGAUAUCGAAGAGAAGGACCGCUGGUUGAACGCCAAGAAGCGUGCACACGGCGAGCGCGUCCGUGACGACACUUCCCUGCUGAAGAAGGCGCUCAAGCGCAAGGAGUCCGCGAAGAAGAAGUCUGAGCGCGAGUGGAGGGAGCGUCUUGACACCGUUGCCCGGGCCAAGGACCAUAAGCAAACCAAGCGUGAAGAGAACCUGCGCAAGCGGCGAGAGGAGAAGGGCAACAAGGGCAGCAAAGGGAAGAAGGCUUCUGGUGGGGGCAAGAAGAAGGCCAGACCUGGGUUUGAGGGCAGUUUCAAGGCCAAGACGGGUGGGAAGAAGAAAUGA